UCUUUUUUUUUUUUUUUUUUUUUUUUUUUUACAUGAAUAUAAAGAUGCAUAAAUUUUCUUUUUUCUUCACCUUUUUUUUUUUUCUAUUCUUUUUAUAAAUGACCCCAAUUAUAGGCUAUACGAGAGUACCUUUUAAUACACUAUCAUCAAAUCACUUAACUAUAGCCCCUGUGAAGCAAAUUUAUCCUAUUAAAAAACCUUCUGAUCAAGAGACACAGCAAAGCACUCCUAUUUCUAACAAGUUCAAUGAUCCCAAAGCAAAAAAACCACUCUAUCAUCGUAUUUUUUCAAGGGAAAUGAAGCGAGACGGCAUCAUCGAAUUGAUUAUCGAUAGAAAACAGAUGACUAAUAGAACGAUUGGCACGCCAGAUAGUAGAAUUGUACAUCAACCGAGGCGUACUAAAAAAAGCAUUCGAUAUAACGUUUUACUUUCUAUGGAUUUAAUCGGUGAGUAUAGCUAUGACACAAUAUCAGAGUUAAAUGGAGCUUCAAGUGACGAUGACAUGCAGCGAUUGAUAGACUCCUUAUCAAAGAGUUCACACGAAAAGUUGUCUCAUUUUAGAAAUAUAUUAAGCUUGUUGAAAAAGCUUCAAACUCAAAAGUCUUAUCAGUUUAUGGUUUGCACGGAUAGAUGCCACAAAAAAAUAUCGCUUUACUUUCCAGACACAAUCUCUGCUUCAGUGGAACAGACAUACAUGUGGCUUAAAUACACGAUUGGAAUAGAUGUAAAUAUCUAUAAAAAUUGGGAAUUGUCACCUGUUAUAAAGAGAAAUCAAUUGACGGACGCUUUUGACGGUGAAAGAUAUUUUAAAGAGAUACAAAUGUUUAUAAAUCAUGUGGAUCUAUUGAUAGAAUCAAAUGGUCUCUUUUUUCAUCAUCAAAUCAAGAACCAAUUAGGUUAGCAGAUUUAAAUGGCGGCAGUCUUAUGAUGAAUCGUUCUUGCAAAUACACACACGCACACACAUGUACAAGUACAAGCACACUUCAUUUUUUUUUCUCGUUCUAUAGCUACUCCUUAUACUGCAAACGAAUUACAAUUAUUCAAUUAUUUAAUUAUCAUUACGUUUUUUAAAUUUUUUUGUUAUCUUUCAAUUUUUUUUGAAAUAAUGCAAAUUUUCAGUUAAAAAGUCAAUAAAUAAAAGAUUGUAGAUAAGUCCUCAUUAUCUUCCAAAUUGAAAC